UCCUCUCUUUAUUUCUCUGUGAGUCUCUCUCUAUGUAAACAGAGCAGGCCAGUGGAGCGGAUUUGAAUCUCCUCCAUAGUGGAAUGUCUGGUAUGGCUACUAAAGCAGGGGGAGGGGAGAAGUGUGUGUGUUAGGUUAGGAGUUGUGGCUGGUAUCUUAAUCUGAGGAGUCACCUUAAAAUGGGUCGCGGUCCGUCUUUGCCUUGUCUCCUAACAAAGAUAACAAACACUUUGACAAGAUGAGCCCGCACACAGAAUCAGCAGCGGGAUGUUAUCCUUUACUCACCACACAGCUGCUGGUGUGCAGCCCACUUGAACCAGGGUUACCAUCGCGAAUUAAAAACUGAAACCAAAAGGAAAAAUAAUGAAAUAAGCAGUGAAAAUGUAUUAAAACUCAACAAUAUAGACUUUAUUUCAAUCGUGGUAUACAUAACCCAUUCUAAGUGGGUUAGGGAGCAACGUUGGGUUCAGUGAUCUCGCUAAAGGACACUUUGACAUGCAGACAAGAGGAGCCAGGGAUCGAACUGUUAACCUCGUGAUCAAAGGCAAGGCCAGUUUAUUUAUUUAGUUCAUUUCAGCAACAAGCCAACUCAAAGCCCUUCACAUAAAACCCGAAAAGACCGAGUGCAAAAGAAACGCAUUCAGGUGAAUACAAUUUAUAAUAAAAUAAAAUACAAACAAGCUAAAAUAGAUUAAGUGUAAAACUGUGCAGUGUAAGAAGGGAUUUAAUAAAAGGCAGGGGCAAAGAGAAAAAAGGACAACCCGCUCUACCCACUGAGACAGAGCCGCCCCGAAACAAACUGAAACUACUGAGAACAUUCAAACUAAACCUUUCUGAAAAGCUGAAAUUAACUUUACAUGAGCAAAUUGACUAGAACUGAGCUAAAAUGUAAUCAAAAAGUCAAAACUAAACUGAAAUUGAAAAGUUAACAAAAAAUUACCACCAUGACCUUGUCUUGAUCUGACAUGAGUAGCAGUAGCAUUUACCAAACACAAAUAAUUUCAUUAAAAAAGGUUUAAUCCCACCACUGUAGUUAAUUUGCCUGUGUCAAUGGCAACACAUUCCCUAACCAGACCCACCCGCCCGUAACCUUGAUUCCCACCUCACAGAAGCAAUGCGUGAUUAAGAGAUUAAGAGUUGGGAUUGGAUUAGCGUUUGAUGAUACAACAUGGUAUUGAGUACAAACAACAUAUUCCAUACAGUAAUGAUUUAAAAAAAAUGGCACCCAGCAAAAGUGAAGCGCAACAUAAAUGAUUUCAACAAAGAUGAAGCGUUCUUUAAAAAGUCUUGUCUUGCAUUCAACGUUUGACUCAUCCAGCUGUGGUAUCAAAUGUAAACAAACAUUUCCAUUUCUGUUCAACAGCUCAUUUGAUUUUGUCACAUUCUUGUGUGAGACAGAGACACAGCAGGCACGAGGCAUAUGUUGUCAUAUUUUAUGAUGUUAUCACCCUAACAGAAUGGGGAAAAUAUAGUUUUGUGUCAAGUAUUAUAUAAAUGCAAACAGUUUUUGACCCCAGUAAAAAUGCCAACGAAUAUGGAUUGAAGCAGAAUAUUUACCAGAUAAAAACAUGUUGUGAAUUUUGGAAACGAUUACAUUAUCUAUUUUACCUGAAGUUUGACGUUUGGAUUUUGGACUGAGACAAUACCAGAGACGAGGAGUUUUAAACUAUUCAUUACAUCAUUGUAGCUUGCUAUUUACCACACAGACAUGUAUAUGACAUAACAUAAGUAUUCCUUUAACCACCGUGACCAAACCAGUUGAAACUGAAACUGUUGGUACGGAACUGUGUCGGUCCUGGUUGGUCCAGGGCUUGAUGGCCUGUGCCUGUACCAGGGUUGCAGGAACAAGUGGUUCUGGAUACCACUGAAGAGCUGUUCCUCUGAGCCGGCUUGCUGGGAAACAACGGGUUCCUUUUUAAAUUAGAUUAUGUCUGAUACAGCUGAUGGCACAAACAUGGCAGUUGGUGUUGAAAAUAUACCCAAACCUGAAUCAUAUUUGACAUUAACCACAAUGGAUUCAAAAUCUUAUGAAGUAUCAUCUGGGCUACGUACGGUGACUACAAAAAGAGUGGUCCACUCUGACGCAAAACCUCUGCUAAUUUUGUUCUGUUUUGCGGCUCCUUUCGCAACUUGUGCAAAGUUUAUUUUUGGGUUGCAUUACACAUUUACAAAAGAGCUAAAUGUGAGUGUUCAUGCUGUCAUCUAUGACUGAUGGCUAGCUCACCUCCAUCCAUUCACCUGACGCGACCCCUUAAACAUUUGGCGCGGUAUCAAAAAUAUUCACUUCCAAUAAAUGAAUGCAAUAUUUAAAUAUUCGAAAUCUAAUACAAACCAGAGAGAUGUUGAUGUCUGAACACAAUGUUUCCCUCCCUCCAUCUCCUCCCGCAGCCAUAGAGACUGAGAGCACAAGUUCGGGAGAGGACCUCCUCGUCCCCAGCCCGGCCUCGCCUCCACCUCCGCCCCGCAUCUACAAGCCCUGCUUUGUUUGCCAGGACAAGUCCUCAGGAUACCACUAUGGAGUCAGUGCCUGCGAGGGUUGCAAGGGUUUCUUUCGGAGGAGCAUCCAGAAAAACAUGGUGUACACGUGUCACCGAGACAAAGUGUGUGUCAUAAACAAAGUGACGAGGAACCGGUGUCAGUCCUGUCGGCUGCAGAAAUGCCUCGAAGUCGGCAUGUCCAAGGAGUUGGUGCGAAACGACAGGAUGAAGAAGAAGAAGGAGGAGAAGCGGCAGGGGGAGACGGAGAUCUACGUCCUGUCGGCAGACACGGAGCAGAUGAUUGAAGGAGUCCGCCGGGCCCACCAGGACACCUUUCCCUCCCUGGGUCAGCUGGGAAAAUACACCACGAGCAACAGCUCGGAGCACCGUGUCGCUCUGGAUGUCAGCCUCUGGGACAAGUUCAGCGAGUUGUCCACCAAGUGCAUCAUCAAGACGGUGGAGUUCGCCAAGCAGCUCCCCGGUUUCACCACGCUAACCAUCGCCGACCAGAUCACCCUGCUGAAAUCCGCCUGCCUCGACAUACUGAUUCUGAGGAUCUGCACCCGCUACACCCCAGAAAAGGACACCAUGACCUUCUCCGACGGUCUGACCCUGAACCGCACACAGAUGCACAACGCCGGGUUCGGACCUCUCACCGACCUGGUGUUCUCCUUCGCCAACCAGCUGCUGCCGCUGGAGAUGGACGAUGCAGAGACGGGUUUGCUUAGCGCCAUCUGCCUGCUCUGUGGAGACCGUCAGGAUCUGGAGGAGUCGGACAAGGUGGAUGUUCUUCAGGAGCCGAUGCUUGAAGCCUUGAAGCUCUAUGUGAGGAGGAGGAGGCCCGAGAAACCCUGCAUGUUCCCCAAGAUACUGAUGAAGAUUACUGACCUCAGGAGCAUCAGUGUGAAGGGAGCGGAGCGAGUGAUCACACUGAAAAUGGAAAUACCCGGCUCCAUGCCUCCUCUCAUCCAGGAAAUGCUGGAGAACUCUGAGGGACUGGAGGUAGGGAAAGGAGGAGGAGGAGGAAAAGGUUGCAGAGGAAGCAAAGAAGAGAACGAAAUGGAGCCCGGAAGCCGCCAUCCCAGUCCUUCGCCCGAAUCGGUUUCCUCCCCGCGCCGGAGCCAUGCGCCCCGCUCCCCCUCUUCCCCCUCCCCCUGAAGCUUGGCGUGAGGUUGAAUGAAAGCUGUUAAACUCUGCUGAGAGGACCGGAUUACUUUUCAGACACCAUGGUUUUAUACAUUAAAUGCAGAAAAAUAGACAGCAUUUCCAAAUACUUAAAAGGUUAACUAUACGCCGACCGUGUGAACCUAAAGGAAGGAUUGCCGAGAGACUGAAAUGUGGACGGACUGAUGAUGAGGAUUCCCUCUUAAAUCGCGCAUUCACUCCCUCAUGAAAAGUCAUGUAUAGUUUGCAGAAUCACUGUGUUAUAUAUAUUGUAUAUACAAAAAAAGAGGACUGAAAGAAAUUAUCGGAGGGAAGCGGACUUAUACAAGAAGUUAUUUUCCUAAAUGUACAUGUGUAUAUACUGUAUUUCCCCAAUACAACUGUAAAGAGUUCUUCCUUCAUUCUCUUCCUCCACCCCCCCACCCCAAACUUCAGCUUUCGAUGCCUUCACAGACACAUCAGGGAAUAAUAGUAACCCUUGACAUAAUUGUCCUCCACAGAAAGAUCAACAUUUAUCAAAGACUUUUUACAGCUCGAGACAAAUGCGUUACAUCUGUAAGUAAAGACGUGUUUAGUUUGUCUUCAGAUGUAGCUUGAGCAACUCGAGUGACUUCACUGUGAAACAUCAGGCAUUUAGAUUUUAAAGUAAUGCAAAGUCUGCUCGGCGGCGGCCAACCUGCGAUAGUACAAGCGGCAAUGGCAAGAGUUUACCCAUCGGUUAACAAACCCCCCGCCGUGGCGCCAAAGCUGUUGAGCUCAGCAAGAUUACAGGUGAAUUAAGGUAACGACAGGUGCUGCCUACACAUGUACACGCUGUGUUUUUGGUUUUUCGUGGUCCACACUGUCGUAGUCUGCUCACACAGUGCCAUUGUCUCACCACAACAUCCAUCACUCCACCACUCUUGUCGGGUACUAAUCUCCGUUUUCAGUGUUGUCCUCUUUGAUGUACGGUGCAGUAAAAACUCAUUGGAAAGUAUGAAAAAUACAGGGAGUUCAAUAAAGAUGUGGGUUUUCUUCUGUCGCGAAGAAAGGAAAAACUGUUCACUGUGAAAUACCAUGUCGUUUUUUGAUACUCACAUUAUCAGGUUAAAAUGGCCAGAAAAAAACUUUUUUUCUUUUAAGUCGUACAGAUUUUUAAGUAAACACACACGAGCAGCAGAAAUGAUCCUUUGGAUAUGGUGUGCAAACAUUUGCCUGUUUACACAUCCAGCACACAGAAAGCAACAUUAGCAUUCACUUGAGGUGGUUUUCAUGGCUAAUCUAAUGAAUAUAUACGUCAAAUCACGCUCCUUUAGCUGUAUUUCUUUACCUAUUCCUGGGCAAAAUAUCUGACUCUUUAACUUCUACAUUCUGACCUAUGUUUACCAGCUAGUUGCUAACAUUAGCUGUCCACCAUUUUUUGCUGGACAGGUAGUAAUAAAGAUUACGUUCUCAUACAACGAAACUGCAUUGUAAAUUACGUCUCGAGGGAAACGUAUAUUGUUGCAGUUUACAAUCAAUUUUUUUUCGAAGUAUCACAAAUGCAUAUCUAUCAACACUCUUUUCUUUGUUGCAACUGGAUACUAUUCUAUGGCCUUAACUUUUGCACUGAAUGGGCGCACUUUGCCUUGCCUGACCACCAGGCCGAAGUAGGUCACGCUUGCCCUCGCAAACUCACACUUUGCAAGGUUUACCAUGAGCCUUGCCCCGCCAAAUGGGUGAUCAGUUCCCGGAUACGCUCCAAGUGGGUUUCCCAUGUGUCAGAGUAAACCACUACAUCAUCUAAGUAAACUGCACACCCUUGCAAGUCACCAAUAACACUGUUCUUAAGGCAUUUAAACCCAGCUAGCGCAUUCCGAAGUCCAAAAGGCAUCACGGUGAGUAGAGACCAGUUAUAAAAGCGUCUAUCUCACGUGCUCGCUGGGACUACGAAACCUGACAAUAUCCUUUUAGAGGAUCAAAUUUGCUGACGAACUGUGCAGAGCCCACCAGAUCUAUAUGGUCAUUGAUCCUGGGAAGUGGGAGGGAAUCAGGCUUAGUGACAUCAUUGACUUCACGAAGGUCAGAGCAAAACCGUGGCGUGUUAUCAGCCUUUGGAGCAAGCAAGUAAGGUGAGGACCAAAUGAAAGAUCAAGUCUCUGCAAUACCCAUUUCCAGCAUUUCAUUUAACUCUGCGUCCAAGUACGUUUGUUGAUUUGCAUCUACACGAUAGAACCUUUGCUUUAUUGGCUUAGCAUCUCCGACGUCAAUAUCGUGCACAAUUAAGUGGGUGCAACUAGGCACAUCACCAAACAAACACUGGAAACUCAAAUCAACUGAACCACUUUUGCAUGGUGCGACUCAGGCAAACAUCCAUAUUGAUGAAAGUUUCAGAGUUCUUCUAAUGGCCCAAUAACAGAACUUCAUCUGGAGUACAUCAUGAAUCUCUUCCUUGCAUCCGAACAGGUUCAACAGACUCCACCAGCAGUGCACUAACUACAUAGGCUGCAUGAUUGUGACCAAUCUUUGGCUGCGUACAGAAAGAGGGUGGCUCAGAGUUGUGCGCAUAAUAUGAUUUGAGUAAGUUUACAUGAAAAACCUGAGUUGGCUUCCUGCGCUGAAGCAUUGAAAUUACAUAAUUCUGCUCCGAGAUUUGUUUCAACACCGUGUGUAGACCUGUAGACUUUGCCUGAAAAGGUGAACCAACAAUAGGAAGGAAGGCAACCACCGGAGUGCCCAGCAUCUCCAAAGUGUUUCAUGUUGACCCGAGCUGUGGCCAGACUUUCCAGUGCCAGUUCUCCAGUUGUUGCCUUUUGUCGAAAACUGUAACCGUACGUACUCAAUCAAAUUUUUAGCAAGUUCCGAUUCCUUCCAGUUACCGGCAAAUGUAGCUAAGGGACUUCCGACUUACGGUGUGCGCAAACAUG